AACAAAAUGUCUAAAGAAACGGUCUCCUUACUUUUAACAUUUGCAUGUGGGAUAUUGGUAUCCGCCGAUACUUCUCAAUACUUCCAAGUUUUAAUUCGUGAAAUCGAUAAUCCCAGCGGAAAUAUUUUUGAUGGAACUUCUUGUAGUCCAUUUCGUUUUACUGGAUAUGGAUGUAAUACUUAUUUGACUGGUGGAGUUGCAGCUGGACCAACACUUAAUAAUUCGUUUACAAACACUCAGUUGAAUUUUCACGGAGAAACGAAAAUCGACAAUUUGAAUCUAAUUGUAAACGACAUUUAUGCAAAGGAUGUCAGCGAAUUUACGGGCUUUUCCGUAAGCUUCAUACUGAAAACUGCCGAUGGUGGUAUAAUCGACGAGUACAGUUUUCGUGUGAAUACCACUGAAAACCAGGGAGUUUAUGUGUACAACAGCGUUCGUCCUGGGACUUUAUCCACAACAAUUUCCAUUGCAUGGGCCACAAAUAUUCCACCACCAAGCGAAACAACAACCACAGAAAUUACUGGAACAACACCAACACCGGGUCCAACUGAACCACCAACUACUACUGCCAAGCUUCCAUCUGAUUGUGACGAAGUUGAAAGUACCUCAUCCGGUCUCCAAACAAUUUAUCCCGAUGGUUCAACGCCUGUCAGUGUUUAUUGUGACAGAAAGAAUAGCGCUGGAGCAUAUACAAUUAUUCAAAGCCGAGGAAGAGAGGGAUCCAACAUCACAUUUGACAUUCCCUUUGCAAAUUAUUCUGAUUGGUUUGGUGAAUCUGGAGUCGGGAAGAACUUUUGGUUGGGAUUGGAUAAUAUGAAUAAUUUGAGUACAAACGGGAAAACGUAUUCACUACAAAUUGAUUUAUGCUGUGGAACUCAAUUGAUGGCUAAACAGCUUUAUACUAACUUCAAGGUUGCUACAAAGGCCGAACAAUAUGCGUUGACGGCAAGCGCUGACUUGCCCGGAAUAGGUCUUGAUUACUCGUCUUCAGCCAAAGAUUUGGGUGCACCAUUUUCGACACAACUGACCUACAGUCUACCGAAAGGAAAAGCUGAAUGUGAUCAAUUUGAGUUUUACGAUGAUGACAACGGCGGAGCUGGACCUUCCAAGGGAUACGGUGGCUGGUGGUACGGAAGUUGUGGAAAUAAUUUGAAUGGUUUCUUGUAUCCAAAUAAUAAUGGCGAUUGUUCAGUCACAAAAUUCGACUCAACUCUGCUUCUUGGUAUAAAUAUGAGAACAACAACUGGAACAGCAACUGGUGGAUAUGAUGUGGAUUUGAUUUCAUAUGAUAGAGUUCGAAUGGCUCUUUUCACUUUUGAUACAACUUUGAUUGAUAGAACUGAUUCUUCAUUUUGUAAUUGAAGCAAAUAAAAUAAUUUUAUGGUU